CACGCGUGUGUGCAUCUCGUGUUGCGUUUUCAACGUGCCGUUGCGUCCGGCGGCUUCGAGCAGAUUCGAAAGAGAGCGGAAGAGAGACGGAGAUAGGCAAUAGAUAGAUAGAUAGAAAAAGAGCAGAGACAGAGAAUUUCGACAAGCAUUCGCGUUUGUACUCGCGCGACGUACUUGACGAACAAAUCGAGGCGCGCGCGCGAGGUCGAUUUUCGUGUUUCUCUUUUCCUCGCGGUUUUCUACGGGAUCUUCAACGGGGCGCCCCGGCCGACGACGAUGAUAAUGAUGAAGACGGCAAGGAUGUGAGAGGCGGCGCACACCUGGAGCGUCCGAUACGCGGCGCGAUGGCAUGGAAAUGGUGACGAAUUUCAGUAUCCAGCAUCUGGCCACUCGUCCUGAGGGAUAUAUAGAUCAGAAGUAAGGAUGACCUUCCAUUGGGAUAAGCUCUCGCCAGCUGAAUUCCAACAACUUCAGGACUUGGCAGCUUAUUCCACGCGGAAGCUCCAGGAUGUUCUGGCCGAAUUUUGUGGGAGCAACACAACGCCGAGCGGCGUGCCGAAAUAUCAUCCGGACGGAGAUAUCGAUUACGAGGGUUUCCGUAAAUUCCUUAAUUCGUAUCUGGAGAUCGAUACGCCGGAAGAAUUAUGCCGACAUCUUUUCCUUUCGUUCGUCAGGAAGGGUUCGCGCGGAGUGGACGGCAAAGCCUUCAAAGAGAUGGCCGUGCUCUCCUCAACAACCGCCUGCGCCGCAAUUACAUCGCACACGACUUCCAGCAGUAACGUUAAUAGCACCGGCGUACCAGGCGGAACGUCCACGGAGGGCCACGUUGGAUCCUCGCUGGCCGACAAAAUUCACGGAAUUACGGAAAAACUGCAAGCUCUAGGCCAUCACCGGGCGGAAAGCGAAGUCGCGAGAACGAAAACAGAGAUGAGACAUCUUGUCAGGAAGCAAAGCACAAUAGACGUUCAGUCCGUUAAAGUCAGCCUCAAAGACAUCGUUUGUUAUCUCUCUCUCUUGGAAGCCGGCAGACCGGAAGACAAACUGGAAUUCAUGUUCCGGCUGUAUGAUACGGAUGGGAAUGGCGUCCUUGAUACGAACGAGAUGGACUGUAUCGUAAAUCAAAUGAUGAAUGUCGCGGAAUAUCUCGGCUGGGACGUCAGUGAGUUAAAGCCGAUUCUGCAAGAUAUGAUGAUAGAAAUUGACUACGACGCAGAUGGUACAGUUUCGCUAGAAGAAUGGAAGAGAGGUGGCCUCACGACAAUACCCCUGCUAGUUCUUCUGGGUUUGGAUUCCCACGUGAAGGAAGACGGAAAUCAUCUGUGGAGGCUAAAACAUUUCAGCAAACCCGCGUACUGCAAUCUCUGUUUAAAUAUGUUGGUUGGCCUUGGCAAGAAAGGGCUAUGUUGCGUCUUUUGCAAAUACACGGUACACGAGAGGUGCGUACAAAGAGCGCCAGCUUCCUGCAUAGCCACAUAUGUUAAGAGUAAGAAGACACCUCAAACAAUGGCUCAUCAUUGGGUCGAAGGUAAUUGUCAUGGAAAAUGUUCCAAAUGCAGAAAGACCAUCAAGAGUUACAACGGCAUUACCGGUUUACGCUGCAGAUGGUGUCAAUUAACCUUACAUAAUAAAUGUGCGUCACAAGUACGAGCAGAAUGUACGCUCGGUGAUCAUGCGAUACACAUCCUUCCACCUACGGCAAUUUGCCCUGUUGUACUCGAGAGACAAAGGUCAUUGUCGAGGGACAACAAACGUGGUAGCAAACACUGUCAGGACAGCUCAUCGGUCAGUUCCGGUGUUUUCCUGAGCUGCGGUAGUGGGUCGAAUCAACAACCAGCUAUGUCUUUUCAAAUUACACCACCGGAAGGUACAACGCCGCUUUUGGUUUUUAUAAAUCCAAAAUCGGGCGGUCGGCAAGGGGAGCGAAUGUUACGGAAGUUUCAAUACGUUUUAAAUCCUCGGCAAGUUCACAAUCUAGCAAUCGGUGGGCCCAUGCAGGGCCUGCAGAUGUUUAAGGAUGUGGAAAAUUUUAACGUAAUCUGUUGCGGCGGCGAUGGAACAGUUGGCUGGGUUUUGGAAACUAUGGAUCGUGUGCAAUUCGAGAAACAACCUGCCGUUGGCGUUAUACCUCUUGGUACAGGCAAUGAUCUUGCCAGAUGCUUACGUUGGGGUGGUGGUUACGAAGGAGAAGCGAUACACAAAGUACUUAAGAAAAUAGAAAAGGCGACACAAGUGAUGAUGGAUCGCUGGCAAAUAGAAGUGGAUCAAAAGGACGAAAAAAAACCGAAUCAGGAUAGCAUACCAUAUAAUAUCAUUAAUAAUUAUUUUUCGGUGGGCGUCGACGCCGCUAUAUGCGUGAAAUUUCACAUGGAGAGGGAAAAAAAUCCCGAGAAAUUUAAUAGCAGAAUGAAAAAUAAACUGUGGUACUUCGAAUACGCAACUACGGAGCAGUUCGCUGCUAGUUGUAAAAAUCUUCACGAAGAUCUCGAGAUAAUUUGCGACGGUACGCCUCUGGAUUUAGCGCACGGUCCAUCUCUGCAAGGAGUCGCAUUGCUAAACAUUCCUUUCACUCACGGAGGUUCGAACCUCUGGGGCGAACAUCACACGCGGCAUCGUCUUGGCAAGCGAAAAAAGCGACCCGACAAAGAACUCAGUACAAGCAGCUUCAAUUCCGUAGAUCUCACGGCCGCUAUUCAAGACAUCGGGGACAAUCUGAUCGAGGUAAUUGGUCUGGAGAACUGUUUGCACAUGGGUCAAGUGAAGACUGGACUCCGACAUUCCGGCCGAAGGUUGGCCCAGUGUAGCAGCGUCACUAUCAUCACGAGCAAACGAUUCCCCAUGCAAAUCGAUGGCGAACCUUGGAUGCAGGGUCCUUGCACGAUUCGUAUUACGCACAAAAAUCAAGUACCGAUGCUGAUGGCACCACCGCCAGAUAAGAGCAAGGGCUUCUUCCGAUUCUUAAAGAGAUGAACGCAGCAACUUUACACUUUUACCGAAGGAGGAUGGAUAUUAUCGAGUGAAAAGAUCAAUUCUGUCUUCACCCAGUCUUUGUCAUUGUCUGGCACGUUUAUUCCUCUUUAUUACGGCGGAAAUGUAUCGGUUCCAUCGUAUAUAGUCGCAGCUUCGAUACACGUCUAAACGCGAAGAACGUGAGCGUCAACGCGCCUUAGGUAUUCUUGUGUACAGUAUUUUUCAAAAUAAACGAAAUUUUAUGUCCUAGUCUUAGAUCACGCCAAGCGGUAGGCUCGACCAUCUUAAGCCUUUUUAACGUUAGAAAUUGUUAAUCCGUUUGUUUGCCCUUAACUGAUAAAAUAUGGACAUCAAACGGAAAGAUAUCAAUUCUCCAUGUACGAUACGUAUAAUGUACGAAACGAUAAUAAUUCUGUUGUUAAAGCUUAAUGUCAUCUUUCAGCUAGAAAUUCGAUAGAUUUAAUUUACGAAUUUGUUUCAAUUAAAGUAUCUUUCAAAUUUAUCGAAAACAAAGCUCGUUAACACAAAGACGUCGUCUUUCCCGUUAAGGAUCAAAUUAUCUCGCGCAAGUAUCAGUCGCACAGCGAGUGCUUUCACGUUGCGAGUUUUGAGUCUACCGCUUCUUACAUGCGGCAGCUCGACCGGCGCAUGUAAUUACGCAGCAAAUAGACGACAUAGAUCGGUAUUCAUAGUCGAUUCUUAAAUUCAAGACCGUCUUAAGUACAGUCUUAAGAUGUCACCAAUCAGAGAGCCGAGCGCAUUAGCGUCUUAAGACAUUAU